AUGUCUUCCCUUCGCCGCCCCCACUUCCUGUCUUUUCAGACGUUUUCAUUGUCUAUCCAUGUCAACCUCUACCGAUUCUCCUCGUCUUCCCAUAUUUUGCAUGGCUAUAUUCUUUUAUCUUUCUGUUCAAGCCUCGCACUUAUUUGGUCUCUUCGCUUUCAUCCACUCACCUGCCUCGUUUUUUCUUACAAUCGAAAUCUCUCUUUCUCUCUUUUUCUCUCUCUCACUUUUCUUUCUUACUUUCUUUCUUUAUAUUUUUCUCUGUCUAUAUUUCUUACUCUCUUUUUAUUUCUUGCACUCUUUUAUCUUUUUUCUAUCUCUCUUUCUUUCACGCUUUCUUUCUUGCUUUCUUUAUAUGUUUCUUUCUCUCUCUCUCUCUCUCUCGUUCUUUCACUCUUUCUUUUACUCUUUCUCUCUUUCUCUUUUUCUUUUUACUUUCUUUCUUUCUUUCUCUGUCUCUUUCUUUUUUCUCUUUCUUUCUCUCUCUCUUUAUUUUUCUUUCUUUCUUUUUUAUGA